AAGAGGCUCGUCAACAUGGCGAUGAGCUGUCAUCCAUCGCGCCGACAAAUUCACAGUUACUUCGAAAUGGUACGGGCAAUGAUGGGCGGACUGCGAGUGCUUCCACUCCAUCAAUAAAAGCAAACCCUGUUUUGUUUUCAGUCUGGGUGUUAGGCGUCGAGGAGGACUUUGUCGCACUAUGUCUCUACUUUGUGUCAGAGUUAAGAAAGCCAGCCUCAGCGGACCUCCAGAUAAAUUUAACACUUACGUGACACUGAAAGUACAGAAUGUAAAAAGUACCACAAUAGCAGUGCGUGGAGAUCAGCCUUGUUGGGAACAAGACUUCAUGUUUGAGAUCAGCCGGUUGGAACUUGGUUUGAUUGUUGAGGUCUGGAACAAAGGACUAAUCUGGGAUACGAUGGUGGGCAAUGUAUGGAUACCACUGAAGUGCAUUCGGCAAUCUGAUGAGGAAGGGCCAGGGGAUUGGUCCACACUAGAUGCAGAGGUUUUGAUGAAGGAAGAUGAAAUAUGUGGAACUAAAAGUCCAACCCCGCACAAAAUCCUAUUAGAUACACGUUUUGAAUUGCCUUUUGAUAUCCCAGAAGAAGAAGCAAAAUAUUGGACUCAGAAACUAGAGCAGUUAAAUGCACUAAGAGACCAUGAUGAGUAUUCAAUCAGUGAAGAAAUCCAGAAGAAAUCUUUGCCGGUUGCUCCCUCACAGUGUUGCAAUUGGAGUUAUUUCGGAUGGGGAGAGCAACAAACAUUUGAAGAUCCCGAUAGUGCGGUUGAUGACAGAGAUAGUGAUUAUCGUAGCGAGACCAGUAACAGCAUUCCACCACCUUACCAUACCACUUCCCAACCCAACGCAUCUGUACAUCAGUUUCCUGUUACAUCACGACCACAGCUCCAGGAAGGUUUACGGAACUCCUAUGCUGAUUCAAUUCAAAGCUCUGAAUUAGAUUAUCAUGAGAAAAAGGGAAUGAGACGAUAUGAUAGCAUAGAUUCUGCUACAAAUGGCCGUAGUGAUCUAGAGUCUGCAUCUGAGUCUAGUCAGCUAACCAGCCGCCAAUACUCCCUCGAAAGUAGGCAUUCUCUAGAUCUGUCGGAUAGCCCUGCAGGAAGUAGUAGAUAUGGCUCAUCAGGAAACCUCAGCCAAGGCAGUUCUCAGCUUAGUGAAUUUGAUCAUGACAAUGAGAGCAUCCAUGGGUCUGGAAUGGAUGACAAGCGAGAUCAAGAGUCAUAUCAUUCUCAUCACAGCUCAGUAAGCCUAAGACAAGAUACCCAGGAAUGGUACAGUGAAGAUGAUGGACAACAGAAACGUUUCAGUGAAUACAAGCAAGUUGAACACCAUCAAGAUUCUGAACAAGUUGAUGAAACUGCACAUGAAACUCUCAUCAGCAGUAUUUCCCCACAGCUCGAGAUUACAAAACUGCAUGACAGCUAUGAUGAAGUUGGUACACCUCCAUUUUCUCCUGCUCGAGCACGCUGGAUUCGAGCUAUCAACAAAGUUCGGAUACAAAUCCAAGAGGUAGCGCAACUUGGAGAUGAUGGAGAUCCAUCAAAGCCACCUUGGUUUAAAGGAGGAACUGGAGGCGGAUUGUAUGGUAUUGACAGUAUGCCAGACCUGCGGAAGAAAAAACCAAUCCCACUUGUUAGCGAUCUGUCACUUGUGCAGUCAAGGAAAGCUGGCAUUACCUCUGCAAUGGCUACUCGCACCUCUCUCAAAGAUGAAGAGCUGAAAAAUCAUGUUUAUAAAAAGACCCUCCAAGCCUUAAUCUACCCUAUCUCUUGUACCACACCCCACAAUUUUGAGGUCUGGACUGCCACCACACCUACAUACUGCUAUGAAUGUGAGGGCCUACUAUGGGGAAUUGCUCGUCAGGGAAUGCGGUGCACUGAAUGUGGGGUAAAAUGCCAUGAAAAGUGCCAAGAUCUACUAAAUGCAGACUGUUUACAACGUGCAGCUGAAAAAAGCUCCAAACAUGGUGCAGAAGAUAGAACACAAAAUAUUAUCAUGGCAAUGAAAGACAGGAUGAAGAUCCGAGAACGGAACAAACCAGAAAUCUUUGAACUGAUCAGAGAUGUCUUUGGGGUGGUAAAAGUUACACAUGCACAACAAAUGAAGACCAUCAAACAAAGUGUACUUGAUGGAACAUCUAAGUGGUCAGCAAAGAUUACAAUAACUGUGGUAUGUGCUCAGGGACUUCAAGCAAAGGAUAAAACUGGCUCCAGUGAUCCAUAUGUUACUGUUCAGGUUGGCAAAACCAAGAAGAGAACAAAGACUAUUUAUGGAAAUCUAAAUCCUGUGUGGGAAGAGAAAUUUUAUUUUGAGUGCCAUAAUUCCUCUGAUCGCAUCAAAGUAAGAGUAUGGGAUGAGGAUGAUGACAUCAAAUCACGUGUCAAACAGAGGCUAAAACGAGAAUCUGAUGAUUUCUUGGGGCAAACAAUCAUUGAAGUUCGGACACUAAGUGGUGAAAUGGAUGUCUGGUAUAACCUAGAGAAAAGAACGGAUAAAUCUGCAGUUUCGGGUGCUAUUCGACUGCAAAUCAGUGUUGAAAUCAAAGGUGAAGAAAAGGUUGCCCCCUAUCACAUCCAGUAUACUUGUCUGCAUGAAAACCUUUUCCACUCUCUCACAGACCUUCAGAGUAGUGGUGUUGUGAAAAUACCAGAUGCAAAAGGUGAUGAUGCAUGGAAGGUUUAUUUUGAUGAGACUGCACAAGAAAUAGUAGAUGAGUUUGCAAUGCGUUAUGGAAUAGAAUCCAUUUAUCAGGCAAUGACGCAUUUUGCUUGUUUGUCUUCUAAAUACAUGUGCCCUGGAGUGCCAGCAGUAAUGAGCACCUUGUUAGCCAAUAUCAAUGCAUACUAUGCACACACAACUGCCUCUACCAAUGUAUCUGCCUCUGAUCGCUUUGCUGCAUCAAAUUUUGGGAAAGAAAGAUUUGUGAAACUACUUGAUCAACUACACAAUUCACUUCGCAUUGACCUGUCCAUGUAUAGGAACAAUUUUCCAGCAAGUAGCCCUGAGCGGUUGCAAGAUUUGAAAUCCACAGUAGAUCUCCUGACCAGCAUAACCUUCUUCAGAAUGAAGGUGCAAGAAUUGCAGAGCCCACCACGAGCCAGUCAAGUGGUGAAGGACUGUGUGAAAGCUUGCCUCAAUUCAACCUAUGAAUAUAUUUUCAACAACUGCCAUGAACUGUACAGUCGAGAAUAUCAAACUGAUCCUAGCAAAAAACAGGAACUGCCUCCUGAGGAGCAGGGACCAAGUAUAAAAAAUUUGGAUUUCUGGCCUAAGCUUAUCACUCUUAUUGUCUCUAUUAUUGAAGAAGAUAAGAAUUCAUAUACACCAGUUCUUAAUCAAUUUCCUCAGGAACUUAAUGUUGGAAAGAUAAGCGCAGAAGUAAUGUGGAGCCUAUUUGCACAGGACAUGAAAUAUGCCAUGGAAGAGCAUGAGAAGCACAGGCUUUGCAAAAGUGCAGAUUACAUGAACUUACACUUCAAAGUGAAAUGGCUAUAUAAUGAAUAUGUGAGAGAUCUUCCAGCUAUGAAAGAGACUGUACCUGAAUAUCCAGCGUGGUUUGAACAAUUUGUAAUGCAGUGGUUGGAUGAGAAUGAGGAAGUUUCAUUAGAAUUCCUACAUGGAGCUCUUGAGAGAGAUAAAAAGGAUGGGUUCCAGCAAACAUCUGAGCAUGCUUUAUUCUCCUGCUCGGUGGUGGAUGUGUUCACCCAAUUAAAUCAGAGUUUUGAGAUUAUCAAGAAACUUGAGUGUCCUGAUCCAGAGAUUGUUGCUCAUUACAUGAGGCGAUUUGCAAAGACAAUAAGCAAAGUAUUGCUACAGUAUGCCGACAUUCUUCUGAAGAACUUUAAGACCUAUUGUUCCAAAGACACACUACCAUGUAUUCUGAUGAAUAAUGUACAACAACUGCGGGUUCAGCUGGAAAAGAUGUUUGAAGCUAUGGGUGGAAAAGAGCUGGAUUCUGAGGCAAGUGACAGUUUAAAAGAUCUACAAGUGAAACUGAACAAUGUUCUUGAUGAUCUCAGUGAUGUUUUUGGUGUUAGUUUCCAGCCUCGCCUUGAUGAAUGUGUAAAACAGAUGGGAGAUAUCCUCAGCCAGGUCAAAGGGACUGGGAAUGUACCUGCAACUGCUCGCAAUAGUGUGGCUCAGGAUGCUGAUAAUGUGCUCGGGCCAUUGAUGGACUUCUUAGAUGGCAAUCUGACAUUGUUUGCAAAAGUCUGUGAAAAAACAGUGCUGAAACGAGUUCUCAAGGAACUGUGGAAAAUUGUGGUGAACACAAUAGAAAGGACUAUUGUGCUGCCUCCUCUAACUGAUCAGUCGGGAACUCAGCUGAUUUUCACUGCUGCUAAAGAACUGGGGCAGUUAUCAAAACUGAAGGAUCACAUGGUUCGGGAAGAAGCCAAAAGCCUUACACCAAAACAAUGUGCUAUUAUGGAUUUGGCACUCGACACAAUUAAGCAAUACUUCCAUGCUGGUGGAAAUGGACUGAAAAAGACUUUCCUGGAGAAGAGUCCAGACCUUCAAUCCUUGCGAUACGCGCUCUCACUCUACACUCAAACCACAGAUACCCUCAUCAAGACAUUCAUCCAGUCUCAGACUGCUCAGGUGCAUGGUGGAAAGGGUAUUAGGGUUACCGCUAAUGAGGACGCUCUUCCUGACAAGGGCUCUGGUGUGGAUGACCCAGUGGGUGAAGUCUCCAUACAAAUAGACCUUUUCACCCAUCCAGGAACAGGCGAGCAUAAAGUAACAGUGAAAGUGGUAGCAGCAAAUGAUCUAAAAUGGCAGACAAAUGGAAUGUUUCGGCCAUUUGUUGAGGUCACGAUGAUUGGACCACAUCUUAGUGACAAGAAAAGGAAGUUUACCACAAAAUCAAAGAGCAACAACUGGGCUCCAAAAUACAAUGAGACAUUUCACUUUAUAUUGGGUAAUGAGGAUGGUCCAGACUCAUAUGAACUUCAAGUCUGUGUGAAGGAUUAUUGCUUUGCCAGAGAAGAUCGUAUAAUUGGGAUUGCUUUAAUCCAGCUACGAGAUAUUGCAGAAAAAGGCAGUUGUGCUUGCUGGUGUCCACUAGGCCGCAGAAUGCAUAUGGAUGAGACAGGACUAACAGUUCUUCGUAUACUAUCACAAAGAACCAAUGAUGAAGUAGCAAAAGAAUUUGUCAAGCUGAAAUCUGAAUCACGAUCUGCUGAAGAAAGCAGUUGAAUCUUGGAUUAUGCGAAUAUUGUUUCUUUAUUUCAAUGCCAUUGGCCACUGCAUUUUCUUUGGUUUCUAAUUUAUACCUCGUGCCAAUAUGUGCAAGUGUUCAACAAAUUCUCUUUUGUAAAUGGAACUUUGUGCACUACUUUGUCUUUGUUAAUAAGCAUGUGUUGUAUACCAAUCAAAGUAUAGAUCUUUAUGUGAACUUUAUUUAUUUACAGUAAGCAGAAUAUAAAUUGUGAUUAGAAUAAAAAGUUAUUGCUUUUAAAAAAUAGGAUGCUUAUAUUUAUGUAAAUAAUUUUAUGAACUGACUGGAGACUGAAAGUCCCAAAGUAUUUUUUCACUUUUAUUGAGCACUGUGAUACCACCCUUCAGAGUGAGAUGUAAAACUGAGAAAUAGAAAAAAACAAACCUAUAGUAUAUCCUAGUUUUCAUGUCCCUCCGAUCGGAUUGCCAAGGAUUUCUUUACACUGUAGAUGAAAUCAUGCAUUUCGCUUACAGGAGUACAGAUACUAAAACAGUUAAGUCUUUUCUGUGAAAAUACAGUGCUAUGUACAACAAGGUUCCUGUACAAGAAUGGUUUAUGCUUAGAAUCUUUUAGCCAAAUUGUCAAGCUUGAAACUUGUAACAGUUAAUUAAUGUUUAAUGAAACAAAUCAGUAUGGUUUUAGUAUGAAAAUUGUGUUUUUGAUUUUUUUAAGCAAUUGUCACUUUGUUACAAGAUGCAAUAGAUUUUAGAAAUUAAAAAACAAAUUAAUCCUGCAAUAAGUGAAUAAGGGUCUGGAAGAAAUGUUGACCAAAUGUUUAUUUCAUGAUUUUUUUUAUUAGAUUUCUGAUAAACUGUGAAAGUUAUCCUGAAUUUGCUACCAAUUUUGUUUCUGUAGUUUCUUAGCUAUCUGAGCAUAUGAUCCUUAGAAACUAAAUAUUUUGAAAAUUAUUACAAAUGACUUUGUGCAGUGGUGAUAUAUGUGUAUACAUUUCUAAUAACAUAUCACGUUAUGCCUGUAAAAAAAAACUUCUUUAUAACUUCAUACUCAUGUCUUUAAUAUUGUUGGGUAAUCAUUAUUUAUCUCUAGGCAACAAAUUUUUCAUAGUUUAUCCAAUCAUCUACUGUGUUAACAUAGGUGAACUAUCCAUGGAAAUCCUGGAAAAUACUGUAAAUGGCAUUUAUACUGUUUCUUUGGGGUUUGAGAGAUUACUUCAUUAUAGUUACAGUGAGUAAUUGAGGGAACUCCUACAGAAAUUUUACAUUCUAAUAUUUUGGCUCUGCAACCUAUGCACUUAUCACUUGGUAGACUAUUUGUGUCAUUCUUGUAUAUCCAUGUAACAUGCCAUUUCUACAAGGUAUCACACUAUAAUAAAGUCCACUG